AUGCAUUCUAUUUCACCUUUGACCUUUAACACGAAGGAUUUAUUGUCGUCACCAGCGAUUACACCUGGGGUAUGUGAUUUUCCUCCCCGCUGGCUACUGCUGAUGGAGAUAAACAAAGUAACCAUAGUUAUGGCAACAGUUGCAGAUUGCAGCUUACCACUGGAUAAGCAGUUUAUCCCUCUGAGUGGUGGAAAAGAUGGUAGAAAAGAGACAAUAGAAGCUUUGCAUCCUAAGUGGUCUGAACAAAUCAACUUUAUGAAGUAUUCAGUGCCACCUGAUGAAAUAAAUGAUGUGGCAUCAUUGGAGGAAUGGAUUUUUCUGCUAACAAACAUUAAAGGAGAUUUACAUUGGUUACUUCAACAACCACACCAACAGUUUUGGUGCCAG